AAUGAUUAAAUUUUUAGUUAUAUUUUAGUUUUUUAUAGUACAAUUUUAAAAUCAUUGAAGAAUAAAACAAUUUAUUCAAAGCAAUUGCAAUAGUCAAAAUUGUUUAGAACCAAAUAUAAAACUUCACUUGAUUUUUCUCUGCAAACAACUAUAAAAACCAAGAAAAAACGGUAACUUCGGUUGCUUCGAAGCUAUAAUAAAAAAAAUUUCCAUUCAACAACUUGAUUUUGAUCUUUCAGCUUCUAUAUGAACUAUAUGCUAUAGUAGCCCGUUCUAAACAAUAAAUUCUGAGAUUGUAGUGUUGCCUUGUACAAUAAUUCAUGCAAAAUUUCGUGAAGAUAUCUGACCAAAUAAAAAAGUUUUCGAUAUAAAAACUUUUUAUCGUUCAGUUUAUAUGGCAGCUAUAUAAUAUAAUCUCCGAUAUUUGCGAUUCCAACAAAUCGGCAGUUCGUUAAGAGCGUGUGCAAAAUUUCAAAUCUAUAUCUUAAAAUGGAGAGUAACUUUUAGGUGUUAUAAACUUCAUGGUAAACUUAACCCACUAAAAUCUACAUAAAUUACUUAACCUCAUGAAAAAAUUGGUAUGCAGCGCAUACUUUGCAACGAAACUGCAAUAAUUAGUUUCAGUAUAUAUACAUAUAUAUUUGGAAUUAAGCCAAUGAUUUUUUGAAUUUACAUAUUACAUAUUUUGUAAGUACUAGUAUUCUCGAAGUAUAUAAUCUACUUGCUUAAAACCAGUAAUAUUAGCAAUAUAAAAGUGGAAUUUUGAACCAAUGAAUUUAUUUCAAAAAUUUGCAUAAAAUAUGUAAACUAUUUUGAAAUUCCAACAAAAAAAAAAAGCACGAGUCAGCUGCAAGUAGUAGUAGCAUAAUGCCAAGGGUAGUGUAAACCAAACUUAAGGCAGCUGGAGCGCUUUUACAUUUGUUAACAAAAGCAUGCAACUAAACGUUCAAAACCAAUUACAAAUAAAUAAAAAUAUAGAUGUGCUUUGCCAAAUGCGAAGAAUAGCAACAAUUUUUAAAUAUUGACAAGUUGAAAAUUCCAACCACGUAGCUGUAACGAGUGAAUGUGCAACAGAGCGUGUAAACCGAUGAGUGUAAAAGCGGCAAAAGUGUUAAAAAUUAGUGCAAAAAAUAUGCGGCUAAGUUAACAGAACAAAAAAAUAAACAAGCAGUUGUGUGGAAAAAAUACGAAAAUAAAAAAAGAAAAUAAUAAACAUAGAUAAAACGAAUAUUCAAAGAAAUAAAUAAUAAAGGUAGAGAUAAACAGAAAACCAAGUGCAGAAAAACAUUUAAAAUGUACAAGAGAAAGGUUUGAAGUGCGGUAGGUGUUUUAUAGAAGUGACCAAUGUAAACUGAUGAAUUAAUUGUAAAAACAAACUAAAAAAUAUUUAUUUAAAAAAUUUUAAAAUAAGUUAAAAACAUUUAAAAAAAUUAAACAAAAGUAUUACUACUAAACAAGUUAAAAAAAAAUAACAAAAAAAAUUUUUUUUAAAUUUUAAAAUUAAAAAUUGAAGAAAAAAAUUUUAAAAUAAACAAAUUAAAUAAAAAAUUUGAGAAAAAAAUAUUAAAAUAAAAAAAUUAAAACUAAAAAACUUGAAAUUUAAAAUUUUAGAAUUAGAAAAAUAAGAAUUAAAAAAACUACAAUAACAAAAUUAACAUUGAAAAAAAUUAAAAUUCAAAAAUUAAAUUCAAAAUAAUAAUAAUUUAAAAAAAUUUAAAUUAAAUCAAUGCUCUAAUUGAUACCAACAUUUGGCAGUGAGAAGUAUAUUAAUGGAUUGUGAGCGAAUGUACCUGUAACUAAAAUAACAAAUAAUUUUACUUAGUUUAUGUGAUCUAUGUAAUAACGAAAUAAAUAUUACUAAAAAACUGUUAAAUAACAAAUUAAUUAAAAAACAUCGUUUUGGAAAAACAUUCCAAUGUAAAACUCCCAGUUUUCAUAUUUUAUUGCAAAAUAAAAAACCACAUAAAUUUCAAAAAUUAAACUCAAACAUAUCUCAAAGAAAAACUAACGAAACAAAUUACUAACUGUACCUAACCGAAAGCGUUGCAACAGUUAAUAAUUCACGCAUAGACGAACCGCCAGCGUUGCAGUAUUCCCAGCUGAAAUAAUUAAUUGCAACAGCACCAAAUUCUAGCCGACGACGCGUGCUGCCUUUGAAGUAACUCGCCACCGUACACCGAAACGCACUAAAACGCAGCGCAUUCGGUGUAAUUAAUUAGCACCGAAAUACGCAAAUAACGGUGUGUAGCAGCGCAAUAGCGAGAUUUCAUUUGAAAAUCGUUUACUGUUAAACCACCAAAACGGCUAACGAAGCGCUCGCACUGGCGGCCAUAUCCGCGCCAACAACAACAACGCCAACAUCUGCGUUGGCGACACCAAUAUCACCCACGCCAAGCGUUUCGACGCACUCACCUGUGGACACGCUACACCUAGCGGUCACAACACCAACGCUGGAAACAUCUGUAGCAGCCGCAACGCCAAUCGCUGAAUUGUGCGCGGCGGAGGGGGAUGUCAAGGAGCCAGUGGUGGUGUUGGACUUAGAAUCGACGGAGGAUAAAGGGAGUGUGACUGCAUUAUCAGUAGCCGAGACGGCAAGCAGAAGCUCAAUUGACUGCACAACGGACGUUGCACCCGUUGUUGAGGGUGCUCAGCAAACCACAACCACUUUUGCGGUUGUCACUAAAGCACCAUUUAUACCUACCGCAACUACAACAACAAGUACGCCUACUAGCCAACACUCGAACGGGAAUGCGCAUGCGAGUGAGUCGAGCAACACGAACGGUAACAAUAAUAGCUAUCCAUCUGCAAUCACCUGCACGAAUAGCGGUAAUACGAAGCGUUUAACGCCUACUGACUUUGCUAAAGCGGUAAACCAUCAGAGCAUCGGUCGCAACAACUACAACAAAGCGAAGGUGACACUGAAAAUGCGCUUCAAGGUUGCUAAACGCAUUUGCCAGCGACGAGUUCGCGCAAAGAAUAUCGAUGAAAAUUUUCCACAACCGCACGAGGUUACAGAAGGUGCCUUACAAGUAUGGCGUGCUCUGCCCGAACGCAUACGCCAAGAUCCGAGCUUAGCAUCAUUCCGCGUGGAACAUGAGCGUCUACAUGGCGACUUGGAUCUGCUGCCCUCGCCGGAUGUGCGCGAACACUAUGUGAAGGCGCCAAAUGCAUUUACCAAAGUCGGCAUCAAUGUGACCAAUGAGCUGGGACAGGUCCGCAUCCUGGAAGUUAGGGAUAUGGAGAACAAUAACGAAGAUCAUCAUGAUGACCACGACGAGCCACAUUCGCGUAGGAAGAAAAUCCUGAAGUGGUUCAAAAUUUCGGUAUUAUUGGUUGUUUGGGCCGUCUUUACUGCAUUCCUGAUGUCGAAUAACGAACAUGUUGAAGAGCUUAGACUGAUCAGUGUUCCUAAAAGUGGCGAAGAGAAACUGUUUACCAUAACAACUGCCACAUUGUCGCGUCUUGGUCUGAAACUAAAAGGUCCCUUCCGUCAACAAGAGGCCGAUCUGUACGGCAAAAAUAAGAGCUCCUUUGCCGCACCACCCACGCUUCACGUGCAACUGCAACGCAAGUACUAUAAUGCCAGCGGUGAUGAAUUCUACGUAAAAGAUGCCUCUCAAGUUUGGAAAUUAUCAUUGGUCUAUCCCGAACAAUUGGACACGACAAAGGAAUCGUGGAAAGCGAACAAUUAUGACAUUUCACCCGCCGACGAAGAACUGUUAAAUCAAGCCAAUUACACCACUUUGAAUUUACGUUUUAUUGCCAACAUCGAAACCGAAUUUCCACUGCAGUUGUCUAUCGACGAGUCACCCAUCUACAAGAAGGAGGGUGUCAUCUAUGCGGCGAUAGUAUUGUGUGGCUUGUAUAUAAUGAUCAUUUGGGAAAUUGUCAAUCGUACCUUUGCGGCAAUGAUUGCAUCAACGUUAUCGGUUGGUAUAUUGGCGGCUCUGAACUCACGUCCCUCAAUGGCGACAAUAAUGGGUUGGAUUGAUGUGGAGACAUUAUUGCUGCUCUUCGGCAUGAUGAUACUAGUGGCCAUACUCUCCGAGACGGGUAUUUUCGACUAUUUGGCUGUGUAUGCUUAUAAGAUAACAAAUGGACACAUUUGGCCGCUCAUCAACUGUCUUUGCCUAUUCACGGCGGUACUGUCCUCCUUUUUGGAUAAUGUGACGACCGUGUUGCUGAUGACACCCGUCACUAUACGCCUCUGUGAGGUUAUGUCGCUGAAUCCUGUGCCUAUAUUGAUGUGCAUGGUGAUCUAUUCAAAUAUUGGUGGCGCGCUGACACCCGUCGGUGAUCCACCAAAUGUGAUAAUUGCUUCGAAUAAUUUCAUUUCGCGAAAUGGUGUCAAUUUUGCCAUAUUCACGCUGCACAUGUUACCCGGCGUGAUACUGGUGAUGAUACAGACCUAUAUACAAUUACGUUUUAAGUUCCGCAAUACAAACGAUUUGCAAUUUAAAGACUCACCCGAGGUGGAGGAGCUGCGUCACGAGAUCCACGUUUGGAAGCGUGCCGCACAAAGUCUCUCAGCAUAUUCAAAGGAUGAGGAAAUCGUACGUCAAACGUUGAUGAAAAAGGUGAAUCGCUUGAAGCGUAGUCUGAAGAAACGCGUCUCCGAGGCGGUGGAACCGGCGCCCAAUUAUAAACAAACACUGACGCAGCUACAAGCGAAGUACCCCAUCCGCAAUAAGUCGCUGCUGAUCAAGUGCUCAUUUGCCUUGAUCUUUGUCAUUAGCUUGUUUUUCCUGCACUCGGUGCCCGAAUUGCAACGCCUCUCUUUGGGUUGGACUGCCUUGUUGGGCGCCAUAUUCUUGCUCAUACUGGCUGAUAUUGAAGACAUGGAGGCGAUAUUGGCUCGUGUUGAAUGGUCCACAUUGCUAUUCUUUGCCGCUCUCUUCAUUCUUAUGGAGGCGCUAUCCGAACUGGGUCUGAUCGAAUGGAUUGGCCAGAUGACGGAGAGCAUUAUUUUGGGCGUGAGCGAAGGUUCGCGUCUAAUGGUGGCAGUUUUAAUCAUACUUUGGGUUUCGGCCAUAACCUCUGCUUUUGUCGACAAUAUUCCACUAACAACGAUGAUGGUGAAAAUAACAAUUUCUUUAGCGGAAAACUCCGCUCUGAAUUUACCGCUGCAACCACUAGUGUGGGCUCUGGCUUUGGGCGCUUGUUUAGGCGGCAAUGGCACACUGAUUGGCGCUUCGGCGAAUGUUGUUUGCGCGGGCGUAGCCGAACAGCACGGCUAUAAAUUCACUUUUCUCGAAUUUUUCAAGGUCGGUUUUCCGGUUAUGAUCGGCAGCAUUAUCGUAUCCACCGCAUAUCUUCUCUUCACACACGUACUCUUCGCCUGGCACUGAGUCAAGCACUUGCAGGAUUAACAAUAAAAACUAUAUAUAUGUAUAGUAUAUAUGAAUACCUCGUAGAAAUGGAAAGACAUUGCAAGUAAUUUAGUUAAACGAAAGCAUACGAGCUUAGCUAACCGAAAAUUGAAGAUUUACUUUAGUUUUUUUCCACUACGACUAGCUCCGUUAUUUGUAGAUAUUUGUGUAUAACAGCACUUGGUUGCUAAAAACCAAUAAUUUUUUGUUCGUAAAACAGUUGAAUGUAUUUGAUAAGGUAAAUUGUGUUAAUUACUAAACGCAUUCUAAAAUUAAAUAAGUGUGAUGAAAGAAAAUCUGCUGGAUACUGCGAAGAAUUGAUAAAAACUUGCAUUAAAAAAUGAAUUUAGGGAAAAUUAUUUAGCGAAAAAUUCUUCUAGUAAAACGUUUUCAACCUUUUUUUUAACGUUUUUUUUUCCGGUGUAGUGUAAAUUAUAGUGAAAAUAUUAUAAAUAAUUAACGGUUAAAAAUUGAUAUCAUUCUAAAUAAUAAACGAAAUUAAUAUCUAAGUGUAAAAUAUCAAAUAAAAACAAUGCAGUGAAAACAAAGUAAAUUUAUAAAAAGCAAAAUUAAAAAACAAAAACUAAAAAAAAAACCAAUAAAAAAUUUAAAUAAAAACAAAAACAACAAUAAAACAUAUUUUUACACCUGUUGUUACAUUAGUCGAUAGUCUGUGAAGAGUCUGUAUGCAGUGUUUUGUAGCAAAGUGUAGGCGAAUAUGUGAUGCAAAGUGGUUAUAUUUUGGACACCAAAGAUGUUGGCGUACAGUGUUGCGCAAAAGUGUUUUGUAGUGUUUUCAGUAGCGUUUUGUAGAAAAAAAUCAUUUUGGUAGUAAAAGAAAAAAUUAAACAUAAAAAUUUGGCUACAAAAAGAUGAAUUAGCAAAGUGACCAUUUUAAGCGCUGUAAAUUUGUAAUAAUAUUUGCAUUAGCGUUCUUUAUUCGCUUAUUGUAUUAAAAAGCAUUUCUACAUAUAUGUCCCGCUCCUGCAUUAUUUGUUUGUGUCGUUUUUCUUUGCUUAAUUAACUGUGUCCCAAGAAAUCUAGUA